GAGAGAAAACAGAGAUUUCUAGAGAGAGAAAGAGAAGAGGAAAGUGUCGAGGUCAAAUCUGCGCUGUCGAAAGAAGAAGAUUCAUCUAAAUCUACAGUAAUUUGAAAAUUCAAUUUCGAACAGCCGUGAAUCGUCCAUUUUCCUCUCACUUUCCGCCUCAAUCUGUAAUCUUGAAUACGUAUAAGGUAAAGAGGAAAUCAAUUUCAUAAUCUAUCUAUCUAUCUAUCUAUCUAUAUAUUUCUAUAUUUCGCUGUAAUGGCGGCGACGAUCGAAGGUCAGGAUAGAGUUAUGGCUACAGCGCAACAAAUUGUUAAGAGUCUUAACACAUCCAAAGACGAUACGAAGGAUAUGUUGUUGAUCUUCUCUAAUUUCGAUAAUCGUUUAUCGAAUAUAAGUAGUUUGUUGAAGACGAACGAUUCUCGUUUAGAUGCUGCUGAAAGGGUGAUUUUACAGUGGGAUUCUAACCCUAGUGGAUCGUGUUUUCUUUGGGAGGAUUCGCCGGAUAAGACGGCGGAGUUUCUUAAUGCUGUUGAUGAGAUUAUUCAAUUGACUGAAGAUCUUGCGAAUUUGUCUGAUAACGAGACGAUGGAUCGUGCUGAAAUCGCGAUUCAGGUUGCUAUGGCUAGGCUUGAGGAGGAGUUUCGUGCUGUCUUGACUAGGAAUACUGCUCCUCUUGAUCCGGAGAGUCUGCAGGGGUCGAUUCGUAGGGUUUCGUUGUCUUUCGCUGCGAAUGAUGGUGAAAUUGGGGGUUUUGAGGCUUUGGGUGAGGAUUAUUCGGUUGGGUAUUGUCAUGAGAGGGGUAGGAGCUUGGGAGGUGAUUUUUCGGUGGAGUUGAUUAACCCUGAUGCUGUUAUAGAUCUGAGGGAGAUAGCUGAUAGAAUGAUUCGAUCAGGGUAUGAGAAAGAAUGCUGUCAGGUCUAUAGCAGUGUUAGACGCGAUGCGCUUGAUGAAUGUCUCUCGAUACUCGGCGUGGAAAGGCUCAGCAUUGAAGAAGUUCAGAAGAUUGAGUGGCGAAUACUGGAUGAAAAGAUGAAGAAAUGGGUUCAAGCUGUUAAACUUGCUUCGGUUCUCCUCAACAGCGAGAAACAUCUUUGUGAACAAAUCUUUGACAAUUCAGAACUCAUCAAACAGAUCUGCUUUGUUGAAACUGCAAAAGGAUCAGUUAUGCAACUGCUGAACUUUGGCGAGGCAGUUGCCAUUGGAAGAAGAUCGUCUGAAAAGCUCUUCCGAAUCCUUGACAUGUACGACGCCCUAGCACGUGUACUACCAGAUUUGACUGAUUUAUUCAGCGAUGAAUUGGGAGAAAUCAUUUUGAGUGAAGCUAGAGGAGUAAUGUCUACUCUAGGAGAAGCAGCAAUCGGGACAUUAGCUGAAUUUGAAAGUGCAGUUCAAGGAGAAUCAUCUCGAAAACCAAUCAACGGCGAGAUUCAUCCACUAACUCGUUAUGUGAUGAAUUAUGUCAAAUUACUAGUCGAUUACAGUGAUUCCCUAAAUACCCUUCUGGAAAACAAUUCCGAUGAACAUGAUAUUGGCAAUAUCGAGAAUUUAUCGUUAGAAGGCACAUCUCGAAUCGGUCUCCGCAUUACGUCGCUAAUAAAGUCACUUGAAAUGAAUCUUGAGGAGAAAUCGAAGACUUAUGAAGAGAGUGGGAUGCCCUAUGUGUUCUUGAUGAACAAUAUUCUCUAUAUAGUUCAGAAAGUUAAAGAUUCCGAGCUUGGGAAGCUUCUGGGAGAUAAUUGGGUGAGGAAACGUCGUGGCCAGGUCAGACAAUAUGCUACAAGCUAUCUUAGGUCGGCUUGGAGCAAUGUUUUGUCUUGUUUAAGGGAUGUGGGAAUGACUGGAAGUUCGAACAGUUCUGUUUCGAAGAUGGCUUUGAAGGAGAGGUUUAAGAAUUUCAAUGUUUGCUUUGAAGAGAUUUAUAGGGUUCAGACUGCUUGGAAGGUUCCUGAUGAUCAACUUCGUGAAGAGCUUAGAAUAACGAUAUCAGAUAAUGUUCUUCCUGCUUAUCGGGCAUUUUUAUGGAGGUUUGGAAAUCAGCUUGAGAGUGGAAGGCAUUCUGGUAAAUACAUAAAAUAUUCGCCCGAAGAUCUUGAACAGUCUUUGUCGGAUCUUUUUGAAGGUGUUCCUGGAUUUCUUCAUCAUAUGAGACGGAAAAGUGCAUAGUUAUGCCUUUUCAG